AUAUUAUCGGUAUCAAUACAAAUAAUCAAUUGGCCAUAUUAAAUCACAUAUCCACGCCUACUAUUAAGUAUUGAUAUUGUGUGAGCAGUGUUUUUAUUGAGAAAGCUCUUUGUUCCCCCACCUCCACCCAAUGGAUCGGAACCAGCCCAUCAAAUAAUCUCAACACUAUCAAUCCAUAAACUUUGUCUUCUUCCUCUCUCAAUCUCUGUUUCCCAUCCCAUUCUUUCUGCUUCUCUAGAAGGGAAGGCACUUCGACUAUGUUUAAAAUUGGAGAGAUAGUGAAUAUCGAAAGUAUGACGCUGCAUAUGUAUCAGAUGCUGAUAUUCAUUUCAUAAGUAAAUUGAGUAUGUUUGAUCACAGUAUUUAAGGUUUAUUGUAUAAGAGGCUCCAGGAAAGAAGGUAACCGAUAGACACCUCUAGAUAUAAUGUGUGGGAAAAAUUUAGCUUUCUUGAUUAGUAUCUUCACUCCGUUCUUUUUCUUGAGAGUCAGAAUAGUCUCUUCAAAUUGACUAGGAUAAAAAUGUGAUUGUGUUAAUGAAAUUUGAAGAAACGAGAAUCAAUGCGUGAGGCCACAAGUAGAACGAGAAGAGAUGCUUGUUCUAUAAAAGAAAGUGUGCACUCUCCUUGUUUCUAUGGCAUCUGCAUAAAGAACACGGAAUAGAGUCAAGAAUAAAGUGACAGAACAGAAUUAACUAGGCUACACCUCUUUGUAAUUUACGUGGAGAAUAUGAUUCUGUGAUUAGAGGGAGAAUCAAUUUCAAGUUAAGGCAACGCUAACCUUAUCAUCAUUCUGUAACACUAACUUGGGAUUUUGAUUUUGAAGCAUCUCUCUCAUUGAUUUCAUGACAGUGAAGUACUUGUGCAUGGUGAUGAGGAUCAAUGUAGAUUGCAAUGGUUGCUACGCAAAAGUGAAGAGAGCCCUUCUUGAAAUGCCAGAACUGGAAUCACAUCUGAUAGAGAAGAAGCAGAGAAGGGUAAUAGUGUCUGGGAGCUUCGUUCCUCAGGAUGUGGCAAUCAAGAUAAAGAAGAAGACAAAUCGCAGAGUUGAGAUAUUAGAAAUAGGAGAAGUGAGCGAAAACAAUGAUGUGAACGAGGAGGACAAGCUUGUCAUGAAUAAUUGGACUCUUCAGGCCACUCAAAAAUAAUUAAACUCGACCACAAGAGCCGUCUGAAAUGUUGUUGCACGUACGUAUUAUUUGAUGUGUUAAUGCAGAUUUUUGUUUUGUUU